AAUUUUUUACAAAGCAUGUCACAACUAGAGAUAUCUUGUGGUUUAGAAUAUACUGCAACUUCUGAUCUACAAGCAUGUUUAACAGAAGCGCUGCAAUGCAAUUAUCAGUUUAUUGUUUCACCGAUAGUUCACCCACGUUUUCGGCGGCACUACAUUGCGAAUGCCGGGAGUGUUGGUGGAUUUACACGCUCGGAUAUGAUUCUAUCGCCACAAGACUGGAAUAGUCGGAUGGUGGCUAAGUUGUCGCCCUAUUUAGAUGUAGAUUCUGCUUCUCCUAUCGUCCGCAGACGUCACGAGGAUUGUAUGAAUGAAGAACUUGGUUAUUGUAGAGGACUUGGUGCACCAGCGAUAAUUUUGUCAUUACAUGGCAGACACACAAACAAUUUAGCUAGAUUGUUGCACACUUUUUACGAAACUUGUCAUCACCCGACUUACAUAUGGGCUCACGUACCCAUGGUAUGUAGUCGUACACUGCGAUCGUCAUCCCAAAGUGAUGAAGAUGACAAUGAAGAUGCAUGGAAUGAACCUUGGUACUGGUGGUCCAAAUUUCAUGAACACUUGGAAUGGGACAAGAGAGUUGGAGUAAUAUUAGAGUUGUCUGCAGAUUUACCAUCAGAAGAAAUCUUAGAAAGAUGGUUGGGAGAACCUAUAAAGGCUAUAAUUCUGCCCACUACUAUUUUUCAUAAUAACAAAAAGGGAUUUCCAGUAUUAUCUCGGGUUCACCAACAGGUAGUUGUAAAUAUGGUGGAAAGAGAUGCACAGGUAGUUGUUAGUGGGGCACGGCGAUCAAACAUUGAAUUCUAUCUUCAUUAUUUGCACAGGCUAUGGAAUAGGAGACCAAAUCCCGUGGAUGAUCCUAUGCUUAGUUAUGCUAGAGGAUGGGAAGACUAUCUCCAAACCCCUCUACAGCCACUUGCAGACAACCUUGACACGCACACAUAUAAUGUCUUUGAAAAGGACCCUAUUAAGUAUGACCAAUACCAGAAAGCUAUUGCUAAAGCACUUAUUGACAUACAAAAGCAAGCAGAACUAGAGGAUGGUAACAAAACUGGAUCUCAACACAGCGAAGAGGGUGAUAGCACAAUAUGCAAGAAACCAAUUAUAGUGAUGGUGCUAGGUGCAGGCAGAGGGCCCCUUGUAAGAGCCACAUUCAAUGCCGCCGAUAUUACUAAUAGUAAAGUUAAGGUGAUAGCAGUAGAGAAAAAUCCUUGUGCAGUUGUUGUGCUGGCGGCGCAAGUGAGGGAGGUGUGGCGAGACCGUGAUGUUACACUCGUAUCUGGCGACAUGAGGCAUAUAAACCUUCCCACUAAAGCUGACAUUAUUGUCUCUGAAUUAUUGGGAUCAUGGGGUGAUAAUGAACUCUCACCAGAAUGUUUAGAUGGUGCUGCUGCACUUCUAAAGCCCAAUGGUAUAUCAAUCCCUUGCGAGUACAGGUCCUACGUUGCGCCGAUCUCAUCACCUAGAUUAUGGAGCGCGGCAAAAACUCAACCCACGCCAGGCUUUUGCAACCCAAAAGAAAAGAACCUUGAAACAUUGUGGGUAGUUUACAUGAAGAAUAAACACAAUAUUGGCGACUCAAAGCUUGCUUUUGCUUUCAAUCACCCUGCAAAAGCAGAAAAAGAUAAUGAGGGUCAAGAUUUGUCCGACUACAGAGGUCUUCCAUUAACAGAUAACAGAAGACAUGCAACAAUCACCUGGACAGUAACUCAAGACAAUAUAAUGCAUGGAUUUGGAGGAUACUUUGAUAGCACUCUAUAUGCUGAUGAAAUGAUCAGUAUAGUUCCAUCUACUCAUAGUCCUGGAAUGAUUUCUUGGUUUCCAGUAUUCAUUCCUAUUAAGACACCUGUACGUGUUUGCAAAGGUGAUACAAUUAAGGCAACAUUCUGGCGAUGUGUGGAUACACGCAGAGUGUGGUAUGAAUGGAUAGUAGAAGUAGGAGAUCAAACAACUACACUACAUAAUCAGAAUGGAAAAAGUUCAGAAAUGUUGUUAUAAUGCACUCAUUUAUAAGAUUCAAACUAUAGUUGUUGUUUUAUAACAUGCAAUACAUAUGUUAUAGUAUAGUGUGUUUUAUUGAUUAAAUUUGUAAAUGCAACAUUCUUCAGUACAUCAUCAUCAACCCAUUUAUAUGUCCCACUUCUGGGCACGGGUCUCCUCUCAAACAAGGUUUUAAGGCCAUAGUCCGCCAUGCU